UGUAUCUUCUACCAAAAAUGAAAUAGGGAGAACCUUCUAACCCUUUUUCUUCUUUCUAGCCCUACAACAGGAGCCUUCAUCAAUGACACCACUGUGGACUACAUGUACUCUGAGUACUCUGAUUACUAUGAAGACUAUCUCAAUGGGGACUUUGGGUUUUGUCAGUCUGAGAAAUAUGGGGCGCACUUUCUCCCACCUCUCUAUGUCAUAUUCUUCAUCCUGGGUCUUCUGGGUAACUCUUUGGUCAUCUGGGUCAUUACUUGUGGCGUGCGACUCCGCAGCAUGACCGACGUGUGCCUGUUAAACCUUGCCAUUGCUGACCUGCUCUUGGUGUGUCCCCUUCCCUUCCUGGCUCAUCAGGAAGGGAAGGAUCAGUGGCACUUUGGGGAUACAAUGUGCAAGAUGGUGCUGGGCACCUACCAAAUUGCCUUUUACUGCGGGAACUUCUUCAUUUGUCAGAUGAGCAUCGAUCGCUAUUUGGCUAUCGUACACCCCGGGAAGGCACGGACACGGUUGUUUGGAAUAAUUGCGGUUGCUGGGACAUGGGUAGCUGGAUUUGAUGCAUUUCUUCCUGAUCUGAUCUUCCUAAAACACUACCAAACAAAUGUGGACAAGUCUAACUACUGCUACCCUGAAUAUCCCCAAACAUAUUCAGAUGAGACAUAUUCCAAGUCUCACUUCUGGAAGCUAUUUUGCCUUUUUCAAAUGAACAUUUUGGGCUUGUUUAUCCCACUGUUCAUCAUGAGUUUCUGCUACUCGCAGAUCAUCUGGAGGCUGAUGUCCAUCCACUCAUCCAGGAAACAGGCCAUUCGCAUCGUCGUUGCAGUGGUGAUGGUUUUCUUCUGCUGCUGGGUCCCUUACAACAUGGCAUCAUUAAUGAAAGCGCUGGAGCUACUUCAUGUCAUCGAAGGAUGUGAAAACAGCAAAGCCAUCCACCUGGCUUUACAAGUCACUGAAGCCAUUGCCUACUCUCACAGCUGCCUUAACCCCAUCCUGUAUGUGUUCGUUUGGGAAAAAUUCAGGAGGCACUUGCUGAAGCUGAUUAACAGAACUCCCUGCAUGCUGUGUCGGGUCAUCAAGCUGUACCUUCCACAGGACAGAAUCACCUCAGUUUACUCGCAAACUACCAGUGUGGAUGAGAGGAGCAUUGGUCUCUAAACUGGAACUUUUGAA